GCGAGCAGUACACAGUACACAGUACACAACUCUCCAAGCAAAGCAAAGUAGUAGCGAACCAGAGCAGAGCAGAAAUGGCUUCUUUAAGAAACUCUUCUUCGUUUCCCUCGCUCUUCUAAUUCUCUUUCUCCUCGUGCAUUUCCUCUCCAUCACUCGUUAGGCACACUAUAAAUAGAAUCUCUUUAGAAAACACCGACAAAUCUUCCUCUCUCUCUCUCUCUCUCUCUCUCUCAUUCUCCCUUCUUCUUUUCUCUCUUAGGCUCACUCAGCAAUGUAGGUUAUCUCCGAUUACUCCGCCUCUAAACUGGUCGGAAAAUGGCGCAGAUUCACCGGAAUGAUGUCGGAUCUUUGGUUUUCGACCGUUCCGGAGGAGGAAAUUUCAGGUUAUGGUCUGCAUUUUCCGGUGCUGCAUUUCGCAGGAAACUCUUAGAUUCAAUGCUGUGUGGUGUUCCUCGGCACCACUACGAUGACGACGCUGGUGUUGUUGAAUCACCAGUUGAGAAGCCGAAUCAGAAGGAAAGGCAGAAUAGAUCGGAUUCGAAGAGGAAUGGUGGAUCGGAGAGUUUGUCGGAGCUUAUGAACUUGACUGAAGCGUCGGAGACGGGAGUGUAUGAAACGGAAGUGGAGAGAAGGAGGAAAAUUGAGGCUUUUGAGGAGCUUCAAAGAGUUGUCAAGAAACUGCAGUUGGAAGAGGGAUCAGUGCAGAUGGAGGCAGCUAUGGAUGUUAGGAGGCUUGCGAAGGAAGAUUCCGAGGCGAGGUCGACUCUCGCCAUGCUCGGAGCGAUUCCUCCUCUUGUGGAAAUGCUUAAUUCUAAUGAUCAAGAUUUUCAGAUCGCCUCGCUCUAUGCUCUUCUCAACCUAGGGAUCGGAAAUGAUACAAACAAAGCAGCUAUUGUCAAAGCCGGUGCUGUUCACAAGAUGCUUAAGCUCAUUGAAUGUCCUGACGAGUCUCCAAACUUGCCCGUGUCAGAAGCCAUAGUUGCAAAUUUCCUGGGCUUGAGUGCUCUCGACUCUAAUAAACCGAUCAUUGGUUCAUCUGGCGCGAUUCCGUUCUUGGUAAAAACCCUCCAGAACGUGCACAGGAAUAGCAGCGCCCAAGCAAGGCAAGAUUCGCUCCGAGCUCUAUAUAACCUUUCCAUCUCCAAUUUAAACAUUAGCCAAAUUGUGGAAACGGACUUCGUCCCUUACCUCCUGAGCAUGGUUGACGACAUGGAAAUGAGUGAAAGAAUUCUUUCAAUCCUCAGCAAUAUAGUUUCCACUCCGGAAGGAAGGAAAGCAAUUAGCACUUCACGAGAUGCAUUUCCGAUUCUGAUCGACGUUUUGAGUUGGACGGAUUCACCAGGUUGCCAGGAAAAAGCAUCCUACAUUCUAAUGGUGAUGGCACACAAGGCUUACAGAGAUCGACAGGCCAUGAUCGAGGCGGGAAUUGGGUCGUCUCUGCUGGAAUUGACACUUCUAGGUAGCACAUUAGCACAGAAGAGGGCUUCCAGGAUACUGGAGUGUCUCAGAGUAGAUAAAGGGAAGCAGGUUUCAGGAGUUUAUGGUGGGAUUCGUGGUGCGGUAGUGUCAGCGCCUAUUUGUGGAUCAUCGUCGAAUGGGGAGUCAAAAGAAGGCUUGACGGAAGAAGAUGAUGAAAUGAUGAGCGAGGAGAAGAAGGCAGUGAAGCAAUUGGUCCAGCAGAGCUUACAGAACAACAUGAGAAGAAUCGUUAAGAGGGCAAACUUGCCUCAAGAUUUUGUUCCUUCCGAUCACUUCAAGACUCUCACUUCUACCUCAACUUCCAAGAGCUUACCAUUUUGAGGAUCUGGAAGGUUGAAGGGAUUUAGCAUCCAAUGGAAGGAAAAGAAGAAGAAGUUGGGACUAUAUCUUUGUUCAUAUCAUGUGUGAUUUCCGUCCCCUCAGGGCCUCAGGUAUAUAAAUAAUAUAAUGUUCAUUUGUCGGGUAUAGUUACUAGUUAGUCACGAUAGUUUUUCCUGCAUUAUUGCAUUUCUUUUGGUUCAAUGUAAAGUUCAUAUAUUCUGUAGUGAUCUCAUUUUCCCGUGAGCAAUUUUUGAUUAGUUCUAUAUGUGUGGGCCGUAGCCUAAUAUAAUGUUGUUUUACUA